UCUAACUGAAAGGCUUCUAAGGCAGUGCCUUGACAUACACAGGAUCACAGGAUACCAAGGAAUUUCUGUUUGCAUCAGCUGAGUCUUGAUUAAAGUGCCACCAUGAGCACUGACGCGGAGAUGGAGCAGUAUGGCGCGGCGGCCAUUUACCUCCGCAAGCCAGAGAGGGAGAGGAUUGAAGCCCAGACUGCUCCAUUUGAUGCCAAGACGGCCUUCUUUGUGACUGUUCCUGAUGAGAUGUAUGUCAAGGGCAAACUUACCAAGAAGGAGGGUGGUAAAGCCACUGUUGAGACAGACGGAGGAAAGACGGUCACUGUAAAGGAAGAUGAAAUCUACCCUAGAAACCCUCCAAAGUUUGAUAAGAUGGAGGAUAUGGCCAUGAUGACCCACCUUAAUGAGCCAUCUGUGUUGUUUAACCUCAAAGAGCGUUAUGCAUCAUGGAUGAUCUACACCUACUCUGGGUUGUUCUGCGUUGUCGUCAAUCCCUACAAGUGGCUUCCUGUAUAUGAUGCUACAUGUGUAGGAGCAUACAGAGGAAAGAAGAGGAUUGAGGCUCCACCCCACAUCUUCUCCAUCUCUGACAAUGCCUAUCAGUUCAUGCUCACUGAUCGUGAGAACCAGUCUGUCCUGAUUACCGGAGAAUCUGGUGCAGGAAAGACUGUCAACACCAAACGUGUCAUCCAGUACUUUGCAACAAUUGCAGCUCUUGGUGGUAAGAAGGCUGAGCCAACACCUGGCAAAAUGCAGGGCUCUCUUGAGGAUCAGAUUGUUGCUGCCAACCCUCUGUUGGAGGCCUAUGGUAAUGCCAAGACUGUGAGGAAUGACAACUCCUCUCGUUUUGGUAAAUUCAUCAGGAUUCACUUCGGUACUACUGGCAAGCUGUCUUCAGCUGAUAUUGAAACAUAUCUGCUGGAGAAGUCCCGUGUCACCUUCCAGUUGUCUGCUGAGAGAAGCUACCAUAUCUUCUAUCAGCUGAUGACUGGCCACAAGCCUGAGCUCCUGGAGGCUCUUCUGAUCACAACCAACCCAUAUGACUACCCAAUGGUCAGUCAGGGUGAAAUCACAGUGAAGAGCAUCAAUGACGUGGAGGAGUUCAUUGCAACAGAUACUGCUAUUGACAUCUUGGGCUUUACUGCUGAAGAGAAGUUAAGCAUCUACAAGCUGACUGGUGCUGUGAUGCAUCAUGGCAACAUGAAAUUUAAGCAAAAGCAGCGUGAGGAGCAGGCUGAACCAGAUGGCACUGAGGUGGCUGACAAGAUUGCGUACCUAUUGGGCCUGAACUCGGCUGAUAUGCUGAAAGCUUUGUGCUACCCAAGAGUCAAGGUUGGCAAUGAGAUGGUGACCAAAGGUCAGACUGUCCCACAGGUAAUUAAA